AUGAAGCUGCUCCUCCUCCUCCUCCUCCUCCUCUCCUUCCAGGGACCCGGAUGUGCGGACAGCAGGUGCUUCUGUCAGGUCACAGGAGAUCUGGACGACUGCACCUGUGACGUAGAAACCAUCGACGGCUUCAACAACGACAAACUGUUCCCCAAACUGCAAACGCUUCUGGAGUCCGACUACUUCAGGUUCUACAAGGUGAACCUGAACAAGGCGUGUCCGUUCUGGAGGGUCAAAGGUCACUGUGGUCUGAAGGACUGCGCUGUGAAGCCCUGCUCUCCUAACCAGGUUCCAGAGGGGAUCAGAUCCUCCUCACACAACAAGUAUUCUGCAGAAGCAAACGAGCAGACGGCUGAGUGUGAGCAGACGGAGAACCUCGGAGCUGUCGAUGUUUCUUUAAGUGCUGAGACCAGAGAAGCUCUGAUCAACUGGAACAAACACGACGACGAGGCCGAGCGCUUCUGUGUGGUCGACGACGAGGAGUCUCCAGACUCUCAGUACGUCGACCUGCUGCUGAACCCGGAACGCUUCACGGGCUACAGAGGACCAGAAGUCCUGCAGAUCUGGAACAGCAUCUACGAGGAGAACUGCUUCAAACCGUUCACCAUCAAGCGACCAAUAAUGCCAAACUCCUUCCACAGGAGCUCAGGAAGUGAAGCAAAGAUCUUCUACAGCUGGCUGGAAGGUCAGUGUGUAGAGAAGAGAGCUUUCUACCGGCUCAUCUCUGGACUCCACGCCAGCAUCAACAUCCACCUGAGCGCCAGAUACCUGCUGGAAGACAGCUGGUUUCAGAGGAAUUGGGGUCACAACGUGUCAGAGUUCAGACAGCGCUUCGACUCAGAGCUGACGGCCGGCGAGGGGCCCAAGCGGCUCCGGAACCUCUACUUCCUGUUCCUGAUCGAGCUCCGGGCGCUCGCCAAGGUGCUGCCGUUCUUCCAGCGGCCGUCGUUCCAUCUGUUCACCGGCAGACCGGAGGAGGACCGGAGACACAAAGAGCUGCUGCUGGACGUCCUGCAGCUGACCCGAUCUUUCCCUCUGCACUUUAAUGAGACGUCUCUGUUCUCUGGGGAUGAAAAGGAAGCAGCCAAACUGAAGGAGGACGUCAGACUGGCCUUCCUCAACAUCUCCAGGAUCAUGGACUGUGUCGGCUGCUUCAAGUGUCGACUGUGGGGGAAACUGCAGACUCAGGGUUUAGGAACGGCGCUGAAGAUUUUGUUUUCAGAGCGACAGAUUGAAGCUCUGCCGUCGUCCAGCGACCAGAAGCCCAGCUUCCAGCUCAGCCGACAGGAGAUCGUCUCGCUGCUCAACGCCUUUGGGAGGAUUUCAACGAGCAUCAGCGAGCUGAAGAACUUCAGAUCGCUGUUAGCAGAGGAGCAGUGAGGACGUGGAGGUCGAGUCCUCCUCAGACAUCAGAGCUUAUGAAGAAAGAUCAGCUUCCAUUAGCUGAGCAGAAGAAGUAUUUAGAUUAUUUACCUUAAAGUUACUGUAAGGAAAACAUCGUAGACAGACCCAGUAUACUUAAAGCACUAAAAGCAAAAAGCAGGUUGGCCAAAUACAGAAUUUAAUGUUAUACAUUAUAUUAUUUAAUUUGAAUUAUUGAUGCAUUUAUGUGAUAAUAGCAUUCAUGUUGCAGCUGGUAAAGGUGGAGCUCUUUAAAAUGACUUUAUAUGCUGCAAUUAUAGUUGAUUAUAAUUUGUGUUAAUAAUCUAAAUCUGCAAAGUAACUAAAGCAAUCAAAUGUAGGGGAGUAAAUGAAGUACAAGUACCUCAAAAUAGUAUAUUAAGAUCCAGUGUGUAGGAUUUGGUGCCGUCUAGUGGUGAGUUUCAGAUUACAACAAACUCAAACUUCUUAUUAUUUUCAGGUGAUUAUACACGAAAGAAAACAUACUUAUUGAUAUAAUAUAAUAUUCCAAUUAUAUUAUAAAUACUUGAGUAAAUGUACUUAGUUAUUUUCACCACGGCUGAGUUUAUUUUUCUUAAAAGAAUGAAAUCCUUUUUCUUGAACACAUUUACAUUUUGAUACUUUACAUUUUGAUAUAUUUUAUAUUUACUAUUACAUGAAUGUGUUUGCCAGUGAAUCUGUAAUAAUUCCAGGAGAGACUGAAGAGUGUAAACUGCUCCUAUGUAAUAUUUUUAGUGGAUUCAAAGAUGCUUUGUUCUAUGAAAACAUGUCACAUCAGAUAAGCAGCUUUAUGAAUCAGACACAAUAUGACAGCACAGUGUUUGUGUGAUGCCUCUGGUGUCCUGAGGAUGGCGCUGUUUGUUCAGUAAAGGGAUUAUCUCAUUGUUUGGGAAAUUAAACAUUUAGAGUGUGUUGAUACAAGAAACUUUGUGGGAAUGAUACAUAUAUAUUUUUUGAUUAAAUUCCAGAUUGGUUGUCUUUUAAACUCUUUUUUUCAUAAGACCAUGAACUAUCAACCUCAGUGUAAGAACUUUAAUCCAGUUACAUCAGUGGGUCUGGGUUAAUGGUGCCUUCAGGGACACCUCGAGAUUUCAAACUUCCAAGUUUAGCUGGUUGGUUGACAUUUAUUCAAGAUUAUUAUUAUUUCAAUCACAAAUAAGACAUAUUUGG